AUGCCCACUGUUACAGCAGAUGAAGUCGAUGCGUCGCCUUCUGUAUCGGAACCGGCAUCCAAAAAGGAAAAGAAGCACGUGAAGAGGGUCGACCGCAUAUUGGGUGAGAUUCGAAGCAAAAAGGUCCCAAAGAUGUCUGCCGGAACUUCGAGCCAACAAAUCAUUCAGCCGGUGAUUUUAGUUGUGCCUACAGAUAACAUCGCGGCAACCGUUGAAGCUUUGAAAAGUGUUUUCCGGACGACGUGUGAGACGUCUGUGCAGGUUCUUCCAAAUGGCUACGAAUGUGAUACAUCUGUGGCGGAGAAGAACACAGUCGCCGUAGGAAUGGACCAACCGUCCUGCUAUGACUUCGGCGGCCAAUUCAAUUCACCUUCGCCAUACUUCUUUCCUCCAUCGGCUUGCCCUAACACAGCGAAUGCAUCAUCAAGCACUGAGGGACAAUUAUUGGACUACACUCAAAAUCCAAUUUGUUAUGAAGCUCAGCAAACGUCGGAAGUGUACGACAGUGGUGUGUUGCCACAAACACGGGUACGUAAUAGGACAACAAGCACAAGUAGGCAGUAUUUGGACGAGGUGUACAGUGGAGGAACUGGAGAUGGUGUUGCACUCGAAGCGCCGUUAGCAAGGACAUUUGGUACAAUGGUUGAUGAAAAAGUGUUUGCCAGUGUUCGAAAUGCGGAAACAAGCAUGGACGCUGCAGAGUUCGACUUACUUCGGAAUAUCGAGACCCAGACGACGUUAAAUGAUGUCGGACUGAUGACAGAUUUCUGGACGGACAUGGGCCAUUCUCCAUAA